CUAUGUCGCUUUGAAAUGGCGGACGUUUAGGGGGAGUGUCUUGCAAAAAUUCGUAUUACAGGAUAUUUUAUACGCACUAAAGCUUACAUCGCCUGCACGUACAUUCCGAUAAAAGACUGAUUAACAUUUAAAAGUGGACAAAAAUGGCGUGGCGGUUCAAAGCUUCGAAAUAUAAAAAUGCUGCACCUAUAGUACCCAAGCCUGAAGCAUGUAUCAGAGAUAUAUGUGUAGGCUCCUACCAGACGUAUGGGAACAACAUUUGUGCAUCGGCUGCUUUCAUGGCAUUCAACUGGGAGCAUGUUGGCUCCAGUCUUGCGGUGUUACCACUCGAUGACUGCGGGAGGAAAAGCAAAACGAUGCCAUUGCUUCAUGCCCAUUCAGAUACUAUUACAGAUAUGGAGUUUUCACCAUUCCAUGAUGGAUUACUACUUACAGGCUCACAGGAUUCAUUGGUGAAAGUUUGGCACAUCCCACCAGAGGGUCUCAAGGAGUCGCUGUCCACUGCUGAGUGCACACUCUCGCAGAAGCAACGGCGAGUGGAGAAUGUUGGAUUCCACCCAGUGGCUGAUGGGUUAAUACAUGUCGCGUCCGGACAUGAACUCGCUUUAUGGGAUUUGACCAAGCAGAAGGAAGCUUUCGUUAAUAGAGAUCACGGUGAGGUGAUUCAGUCCUCGUCGUGGAAGAAAGAUGGACGACUGAUCGUGACGUCAUGCAAGGACAAGAAAGUACGCAUCAUUGAUCCGAGAGCAUCCACUGCAGUCGUGGAUGUGGCCAACAGUCAUCAGAAUAUCAAGGACAGCAGGGUCGUGUGGCUCGGAGAUCAGGAUCGUAUAUUAACUACCGGUUUUGAUUCUGCCAGACUUCGUCAGAUCAUGAUCCGUGAUGUACGUAACCUGUCGCAAACCCAGAAGACGUUGGAACUGGACUGCUCCACUGGGAUCCUGAUGCCUUUGUUCGACCCGGACACGAACAUGCUGUUCUUGGCUGGAAAGGGAGAUACCACCAUACUCUACAUGGAGUUGACUGAUCGGGAGCCAUAUCUUAUAGAGGGGUUGAGGCACUCGGGUGAACAAACGAAGGGCGCGUGUUUGGUGCCAAAACGAGCGCUGCGUGUGAUGGAGGCCGAGGUGAACCGCGUGCUGCAACUCGCCAGCUCGACUGUGGUACCCAUUAUGUACCAGGUGCCCAGGAAGAGUUAUCGGGAUUACCACGCGGACCUGUACCCGGAGACGAGUGGCGCAGUAACUUACCUCAGCGCACCCAUGUGGCUGCAGAAUCAAGACCAUCCGUUGCCCAACAUCUCCAUGCAUCCUGACGCCAACAAUUCACAGGUGCAUAGAGGAAACUUAGAAGAGCUUGUAAAUACUAUCCUAGCGAUGCCACCUCCAAAGAAAGUUGACAACAAGAAACCCAUUACUCCAGUUCAAGUCGACGAACCAGUAAAACCAGUCGUCAAACCUCAACCCGAACCCAUAGACGAAGACCGCAUAGAUUUCGUCAACGUUAAAGACCUAAUCAAAGAUAUGGAACGGCAAAAAAACAGGGAGCCAAAAAUUACAGACUCAAAAGAUACCAACGGAUUUCAUAAGAAGAUCAUUGAUAAUGGUCAUGAUAACUUCAUAGAUAAAAAAGCUAUUGAUGCUGAAAAAGAAUUGGCUGAAAACAUUGAAAAGACAGACGACAAUACUGAAAAGGCCACGGAUAAUACGGAGAGGAUAGCGCAGAAGACCGAAAAGGUUAUAGAAAAGACCGACAGCUCAGAUUCUAAUGAGACUUCGUUGUCGAGAAGUAAUAGUCUCAUUAAUGGUAUACCUAUACAAGUGCCAAAACCCUUGCCAAGAUCUUCGAUUUCAGAGCCAGGAGCUGGAGAGGAGCAUACAGAAGCUCCCAAGCCUAAACCUAGAACGACAACAGUACCAAUCUCUGGUUAUAAGCCUCGUCUGGGCCCUAAGCCGUUCUCCACGUCGUCUGGCAGUGAGGAUUUCUCGUUCGACAAGGUGUUCUCAGUACCCGCCGUGCCCGGCAUGACCAAGUCUGACUCUGCGACAUCACCAAUUACAUCAGCAACCACUCCGGUGACGUCAACACCCAUCGCAAAGGAUUCCACAGAUGAGAAGGAUAAGUCCCUAUCUCCAACUAGCGACGUGGAAGUAGCUACCAAAGAGGAAUACACAAAUGGUAAAUCAGAUACGAGCUUAGAAGAAGAAGUGAAUUCUUCAGACUCUGGGUACAGACCGAAGACACCAAGCACGGCCGAGAGGCGAAAACUGUUCGAGACUACAGACGGGAACCAGUCGAUCGCUGAGCGGCGGCGUGCGUACGAGUCGCGGUCGGUGAGCGUGGCCGUUGAAUCCGACACGCCCCCGUCGCCCGCGCCCCUCAGACGCCGAGACUCGUUGAAGUCCCGCAAGAGUCCAGAUCGCGAAGACAAGCGCGCCUCUGUUCCAAAUGUCACCACGAAGCGCACUUCCACUGUGUUUGGCAAAGUGUCGAAAUUCCGCCACUUAAAAGGGACACCAGGCCACAAGUCUACACAUAUUGAAAAUAUUAAGAAUAUAAGCAGACAAAUCUCUGGAGAGUGCAAUGGAUUUUAUGCGAACGGCGUGCGGUGCGCGGUGCCGCUGGGCGGCGGCGGCGGGCGCGUGGGCGUGGUGGAGCUGCCGGCCGGCGCCUCCCCGCGCGCCGCCGCGCCCCCCGCGCCGCCCGCCGCCCGCCAGCCCGCCGCGCUGCUGCACCCCGCGCCGCUGCAGGACUGGGCCUGGGACCCCUUCACCGACACCCGGCUGCUGGUCGCCUGCGACGACGGACUCGUGCGCGAGUGGAUCAUACCCGACCACGGUCUACAAGAAUCAACCAACGAACCUGCACGCACGUUCUCCGCUCAUCCCGACAAGAUCUACCUCAUCCGAUUCCACCCGACCGCAUCAGAUCUGCUCACCACAGCCGCUCACGAUCUCACCGUUAAGAUAUGGGAUCUUAGCGAGCAGGAACCGAAACCUGCCAUCACCCUCACUGGCCACACAGAUCAGAUCUUUGCUAUUGACUGGUCGCAAAGUGGAGAAUACCUCGCUACAGUCUGCAAGGAUGGUCUGAUCAGGGUAUUUGAGCCACGAGCGUCAACGGAAGCAAUACGCAGCGGAAAAGGGCCAGCUGGAGGUCGCGGCGCACGCAUCGUGUGGGCACUCGGCGACACUCAUCUCGUCGUCACCGGCUUCGACAAAGUGUCAGAGCGUCAGAUCUUAUUGUACUGCGCUAGUGAUCUGUCCGCGCCGCUGUGUACUGUGGGGCUGGACGUGUCUCCGGCCAUAUUGCAGACCUACAUCGACCAUGAUUCGGGGACCCUGUUUCUAACUGGACGGGGCGAUUCGACGAUCUACUGCUACGAGGUGACGUGCGAGGCGCCAUUCGUGGUCCCGCUGUCUCACCACCGCGCGACCACUCUUCACCAGGGGAUCAGCUUCCUGCACAAGAACUUACUCGCCGUCGAAAAGGUUGAAUUCGCGCGAGCGUUGCGACUUACAAACGGUAAUAUCGAGCCGUUGUCGUUCACAGUGCCCAGAAUAAAGAGCGAGCUGUUCCAAGACGACCUGUUCCCGCCGACGGCGGUGACGUGGGAGCCGUGGCAGGCCGCCGCCGACUGGCUCCGCGGCGCCACCGUCGCACCGCGGGUGGCCAGCCUGCAGCCGCCCGGCAUGGAGCCCCUAUCUGCGCAUACGACACCAUCGACGCCGCGACCAGAGAAAUCUCAGCAGAAACCCAAACCUGACCUGAUCAAGGCCCAUGUGCCGUUGAAUCCUAAAGAGAAGGAAGACAGUAUAAUGAAAUCGAUGAGCGCGAAACUGCAAAUGGAUCUCAAAUUGGAACAAGACAGUAUGGAGGGAGUGGAAGAGGCCGAGUGGGACCAGUAGGGCUCCGAAGUGCAAUUGUAGCUUAGUAUCGAGGCUCCCCAACACGGUUGGUUUAUACCCCAAAUAUUAUACGGCAAAAUUCAAUGAUUAAUAUAUGGAGCGAGAAAAAAACAUUUUGGUUUAUGUAAGCUUAACACUCAAAUCGUUUGAAUGGGUGUAAUAUAUAUUUCUAAGAUAUAUUUAAGCGCGGAUAUGAGCUUUAUUCAAAUGG